AUGAUGGUGAGCUUGAGUUUUUGGGUGGUCGUCAAGGAGACUGGGAAGAGGACUGAGGAGUCAUCGUAUGAGCACCAACGCAGCAAGAGACAGAAGGUGGAUGACGACUCAGAUCCAACUUCUGAUCUUGGCACCAACUUUGCCGGACUUGACGCUGCAACCAAGCGCCAGACCGACAAGGACAAGGGCAACUUUGACCAGCCAGGUAUGACCAAAUACAUGCAGGACCGGUGGACUACGAAAGAAGCCUUGAAGAGAGUGCUCAGCAGCAUGAUCAGUAAGAGUGGAAAGCUUCGAUCACUCGCCCGAGAGCUCAAGAAAAACUAUGCUGAAAGUGCGACUGCUGAGUGCUUGAAGAACCUCGAGCUUCAGAUCAAAAACGUUGAUUCGCAAUAUGACUUGUGCAAUGAAGCUUGGGCAAAGGGCGAAGUGGAAGACUUCCAAGGGGAAGAGUUUCUUGAAUGA